GCCAUUUCUGGCCGGGCUGAGGCGCCGCUGCCGCCGCCGCUGUCAGCUCCGCUCCCGUUCCCCGUCCCCAUGGAGGCACAGCCCCCGGGCCAGAAACCCCCUGGGAGGAGACGGAGCAGGGUCAGCAUCUCGCCCCCGGCGGGCGGCACCCCCGGUGUGGCCGCCUCCUGCAGCCGGUACCCUCUGAGACGAGGCAGCUCCUUCACAUUCCUGACUCCAGGCCCACACUGGGAUUUCACCCUGAAGAGGAAGCGCCGAGAGAAGGACGACGACGCUGUCAGCCUGAGCAGCCUCGACUUUAAGGAGCCCAGCACUAAACGGGUCCGGCCUUUAGCACGAGUCACCUCCCUGGCAAACCUGAUCUCUCCUGUCAGAAAUGGGGCAGUUCGACGCUUUGGGCAGACAAUCCAGUCAUUCACCCUUCGCAGUGACAGCAAAUCCCCUGGCUGUGCCCAGAAGUCAUGUAGCAGGUCUGCUGCUCCUACUCCCCCCAAGAGAAGGAGCAGCGUCCUUUGGUCUGAAAUGUUGGAUGUCAACACAAAAGAAUCCCUGAGCACCAAAGAAAUCAAGCGCCAGGAGGCCAUCUAUGAAAUGUCCAGGGGAGAGCAGGACCUGAUUGAAGACCUGAAGCUGGCCAGAAAGGCCUACCAUGACCCCAUGCUGAAACUCUCAAUCAUGUCUGAGGAGGAACUCACCCACAUUUUUGGGGACUUGGAUUCCUACAUUCCUCUGCACGAAGAUUUACUGGCAAGUUUGGGAGAAGCAACAAAACCAGAUGGAACAGUGGAGCAGAUUGGGCCCAUCCUUGUGAAGUGGUUACCCCGCCUCCAUGCCUACAAAGGCUACUGCAGCAACCAGCUGGCAGCCAAAGCACUGCUGGACCAGAAGAAGCAGGACAGGAGAGUGCAGGAUUUCCUGCAGCGCUGCCUGGAGUCUCCCUUCAGCCGCAAGCUGGACCUUUGGAGCUUCCUGGACAUCCCUCGGAGCCGCCUGGUCAAAUACCCCCUGCUCCUCAAGGAGAUCCUGAGGCACACUCCCAAAGACCAUCCCGACAUCCACAUCCUGGAAGAAGCCAUAUCCAUAAUCCAAGGAGUCCUCUCUGACAUCAACCUGAAGAAGGGCGAGUCUGAGUGCCAGUACUACAUUGACAAGCUGGAAUACCUGGAUGAGAAGCAGAAGGAUCCAAGGAUUGAAGGCAGCAAAGCUUUACUGUGCCACGGGGAGCUGAAGAAUAAAAAUGGACACAAGCUCUACGUCUUCCUCUUCCAAGAAAUCCUGGUGCUGACGCGGCCGGUGACCCGCAACGAGCGCCAGGCGUUCCAGGUGUACCGCCAGCCCAUCCCUGUCCAGGAGCUCCUCCUUGAAGACCUCCAGGAUGGAGAUGUCAAAAUGGGAGGCUCCUUCCGAGGAGCUUUUGGAAAUUCUGAUAAAGCCAAAAACAUCUUCCGAGUCCGUUUCCAAGAUCCCAGCCCGGGCCAGUCCCACACGCUGCAGGCCAACGAUGUUUUCCACAAGCAGCAGUGGGUGAACUGCAUCCGCACGGCCAUCGCCCCGUUCCAGAGGAACAUUCCCGCCCCCGAGCUCAAGGAGCUGCCAGAGCUGAGCGAGGAGUCCGAGGAGAACAACCCCUCCGUGCCCAACAUCCCAGCCCAGAAGCGCCAGUCGGGAAUAUCCCAGAUGGAGCUGGACGAGAGCGCGGCCGAGUGCACUUCCAUCCUGGACUCGGAGGAAGCCAAAGGGGUGAAAUCCCACAGAACCUCAUCCGGGCACAGAAAAUCCAGGGAGAAGCAGCUCAGCGGGAAGCGGAAAGAAACGCUGGUGUAAGGCAAAAAAGGAGCCCCGGUGCCACCCUGGGGGAAAACUGUUAAUUUAUAAAUAAUUCCGUGUACAUUUUUGUACCGGGAGCGCUUCCGGAGCCGCUCCGCGGAUCAAAUCCUGGGUUUAUGUUGGAAUGGCAGCUACUGGUGUGCAGUUACUGUUGAACUGGGGUCUGUUUUUACACUUGGAAUCCAUGAGGGGUUUCUGAAACCCCCGUGGCAGAUCUGAAGAGCAAAUUUGGGUUCCUGGAAGUUUCCCACAGCCAUAGCAGAGGAUGGAAAAUAAAGUGGAAUUUUGGGCAGCACUGGGUGUUUAGAUCAACACUGCAAAAGUCCUUUAAAGGACUCAACACCUGAAGCCACUCUGGUGUGUGGUUAUGGUAAUUCCUGCAAAUUUCCCAAAAGAAAAAUCCUAUGAAAACAGACCCCAGAUUCAACAGGUUCUCAAUUCACCUACUGGAAUCUUUGAUCUCUGUGUGUCCUUUGUACAUUCCUCUGUCUCACUCUUGUAUCUUGACAACUAUUUAAUUUUUUAUUAGUUUUGUUUCGAGUUUGGGGGUUGGGAUUUUGGGUUUUUUUUGUUUUGUUUUCUUUGAUUUUUUUUUAUUAUUAUUAUUUUUGUAUUUUUGUUGCUCAGACUUGGCAUUCCCUUUCCAGUACUUGAUCCUUCGUGCUCCGAGGGGUGAUGUCCCAACUGUCCCUCACAUCACCCCGGAGCAAUCCACGGGCUGGGGGGAGACACUACUGAAAGAGAACUGCUUUACUCUAGGGUGUAGGAAGGCUGUAGGCACGUUGUAAAGGGUUUGGGGAGCAGUGAGUAGAGGGAGUAGCAGGGAGCAAAGGUAGAUUCCGUGGUUUUGUUGCCUUUUGGAAAUGAAACACUUCCCACCGGGAAGCAGGACUUGGAGGCAACCAAGGGGUUCUUGCAUGUGGUAGAAAGGUAGAGAGGAAGUGUUGGAGGUGUGAGGAGAGGAGGAGGAGGAGUGGUUGUAAAUACUCAGGGUGGCAGCACUGCCAUCUUCUAGCGCUCCAAAGAUCCAGGGAAAAUCCAGGGAAAGACCCAGCUUGGGAAUGGCUGCAGAGUGUCGUGGGAAGCAGCAUGGUGACAGCUGAGCACAGUGGGGUGUCUCUGAGAUCCAGGAGUGGGAUCCUGCAAUCCCUGUGACCCAAAAUCCAGGAUUGGGCACUGGGAUCCUGCAAUCCCUGUGACCCAAAAUCCAGGAUUGGGCACUGGGAUCCUGCAAUCCCUGUCACCUGAAAUCCAGGAUUGGGCACUGGGAUCCUGCAAUCCCUGUGACCCAAAAUCCAGAAUUGGGCACUGGGAUCCUGCAAUCCCUGUGACCCAAAAUCCAGGACUGGGCACUGGGAUCCUGCAGUCCCUGUGACCUUGGGAUACAGGAUUGGGCACUGGGAUCCUGCAAUCCCUGUGACCUUGGGAUACAGGAUUGGGGAGCCAUAUCCUGAAAUCCAAGACUGGGGAGUGAAAUCCUGCAAUCCCUGUCACCUGAAAUCCAGGACUGGGGAGCCAUAUCCCAAAAUCCAGGCUGGGCGAGCUUGUUGGUGACUCCACAUCCGAGGAUUGUCGUUGCCUGUCCCCUAUCCGGCUGGGAUCUUUGGGAAUGGGCAGAGGGUGUACAUAGACACAGCGUGUGGUUCUCUGUAAAUGUUGUACAGUUUCCAGUGCCAAGUUCCAUUAAAUUCCUGACGGCC